AUGGAGAUCAAACGCGCGUCCACGACCGCGGGCAAGCGCGCGUUGCUCGCGCGCGCGCCGAAAAAGGUCGAAAAGGCUGGCAAAACCACCCUGUGUCUGCACGGGCAAAACAGUUCCGAAGUUUUGAAGCGUCUCCUCGCCGACCUGGCGCGAACCAAGGGCCAAGAGGCGCACAAGAUGACGCGAAAGAACCCAGGGGUACGUCCGUUCGAGGGCGGGGGGGAGACGUCGCUGGAAUUCUUCGCCAAGAAGGCGGACGCGGGGGCGUUUCUGCUCGGGACGCACCAAAAGAAGAGACCGAACUGCUUGACGGCGGGCAGAUUCUUUGAAUAUCACCUGUUCGAUUGCGUGGAGAUGUUGGUGAGGAAUUAUAAGUCGAUGCAAUCGUUCGGGGGCGAGGGAAAGCACGCGGUGGCUGGAAGUAAGCCGUGCUUGUGCUUUCAAGGGGAGGAUUUCGAGACGCACGACGGGUUGCGACUGGUGAAAAACGUGAUGAGCGAUAUAUUUCGAGGACGAGUGGUGGAUAGGAUAAAUUUGAAAGGAAUCGAUCGGGCGAUCGUGUGCACGGCGUUGGCUAAUCCCGGGGGACCACCGAUCGUGAUGUUUCGACAGUACGCGAUCAAGUAUAAGAAAUCCGGCACGCGGUUGCCUUUGAUCGAGCUCGCCGAGAUGGGACCUAGUUUUGAUUUCACGUGCGGACGUCACCGCGAGGCGCCACCGGACGUCAAACGCGAGGCCUACCAACGAGCUCGCGUGGCGAAAAAGCAAAAGAACGUGUCGCACGACAUGUUGGAGGGCAAGGUGGGUCGCCUGUACGUGGAAAAGCAAACCGGAUUAGAGGCGCUCGGCGCGGCGAAGAUGAAGGGCAUGAAGCGCGAAAAACGCGACGCC